AUGUCUACCGACGCUGUUGCCCACGUUAGGGCCCUUGUUCUGGAUGCGACGCCGCUGAUUACGCAGCCUUACACACAUUACCAGCACUAUGCGCAAUCAUUCUACACCUGCCCUACUGUGUUCAACGAGAUAAAGGAUACGAAUGCGAGGAAGAAUCUAGAGAUUUGGGAGUCGCUUGGGGUUUUGCGAUUGAGACAUCCUGCCCGGGAAUCCAUCGAUCGUGUGAGCGCUUUCGCUAAGCUCACCGGUGAUUAUUCUGUACUGAGUGCCAACGACAUACACAUUUUGGCUCUGACGUACGAGCUUGAGGCUGAACUAAACAAGGGCGAUUGGAGGCUGAGGAGGAAGCCCGGCGAUUCUUUGGACCAUUUGGACGAGGAAAAGGCCGACCAGAGUGAAGCCGUUGCGCAGGCUGCGGAAUCUCAGCAGGACAAGCCAAAGAAGAACCGCAGAAGAGGUGGAAAGAAGCAGAGGGCUAAGCGAGAGGCUAGAGAGGCUGAGGCUUCGGCGGCGCAGGAUAGCGCUGCCUCUGGGGACGACGAAGACGCAGACGACGGGGAAUGGAUCACCGUGGACAAUCUAACCGAAGUGAUGAUCAGAGAUAGUGGCGAAGACACCACUGGUGCGAGGGGCGUGGAGGCAACAGAGAAGGAGCGUAUAAUAGCUCUCAACGCGCCCAAGAACCAGGUCGCUCUUGCGACAGGCGACUUUGCCGUGCAGAACGUGGCGUUGCAGAUGAACCUGAACCUGAUGAACUUCAUGUCCGGGUUGAAGAUUAGGAGGCUGCGGAAUUACAUGAUGCGCUGCCACGCCUGUUUCAAGCUCUUCCCGCUCCCCAAGGACGGCAACCCAACGCAUUUCUGCCCGUCCUGCGGCGGCCAGGGCACUUUACUGAGGUGUGCCGUCUCGGUGGACGGCCAAACCGGAGAAGUGACUCCCCAUCUCAAGGCAAACUUCCAGUGGAUCAACAGAGGCAACAGGUACUCGAUUGCGAGCCCGCUGUCGAAGAACUCCCAGCGGAAGUACGGGAACAGAGGUACCGUGCACUCCAAGCCGCACGACUCCGACCUGAUCGUCAGAGAGGACCAGAAGGAGUACCAGAAGGCCCUCAAGCAAGACGAGUGGACCAAGAAGCACAAUGAAAAGAUCCUCAACGACUGGAUUGGCGGUGGAUCCGCAGACAACUACAUGUCGCCGUUCGCCAUCACCGGGCUCAAGAGCCACACCGUGCGCGUGGGCAGAGGAAGGAACGCCAACAGCACCAGGAAGAAACGCUGA